CAGGAGUAGUGGUGGAAAAAAAAUUGGUGCUCAUAAGAAUUUGACUUGACAGAACAUGAAUGAAUUGAAGUAAAAAGACGUACGAUUGAAAUAACAAUAUACCCAUCUAUCGGAUUAAAAAUUUGUUUUGUUUUUACUAAACCAAGUGCAAAAUGGUUUUAGCAGAUUUAGGACGUAAGAUUACGUCCGCUCUGCAAUCGCUGAGCAAGGCGACGAUCAUCAAUGAAGAGGUGCUCAAUGGCAUGCUCAAGGAGAUCUGUGCGGCCCUCCUGGAAGCCGACGUCAACAUUAGACUGGUCAAGAAAUUGCGAGAGAAUGUCAGGGCUGUUAUUGACUUUGAGGAGAUUGCAGGUGGUCUGAACAAGAGACGCAUGAUCCAGAGUGCAGUAUUCAAGGAAUUAGUGAAGCUUGUUGAUCCUGGUGUGAAACCCUAUCAACCUGUUAAAGGUAGACCCAAUGUUAUUAUGUUUGUUGGUCUGCAAGGUUCAGGAAAGACUACAACCUGCACAAAAUUAGCUUACCACUAUUUGAAAAAGAACUGGAAAUCUUGCUUGGUUUGUGCUGAUACCUUCAGAGCUGGUGCCUAUGAUCAGGUUAAACAAAAUUGUACAAAAGCCAGAAUACCCUUCUAUGGAAGUUACACAGAGGUUGAUCCUGUAGUUAUUGCUCAAGAUGGUGUGGAUAUGUUCAAGAAGGAAGGUUUUGAAAUUAUUAUUGUUGAUACCAGUGGUAGACACAAGCAAGAAGAAUCCCUAUUUGAGGAGAUGUUGGCAGUCUCUAAUGCUGUCGGGCCCGAUAAUAUUAUUUUCGUCAUGGAUGCAACUAUUGGUCAAGCUUGCGAGGGACAAGCGAAAGCUUUCAAAGAAAAAGUCGACGUCGGUUCAGUCAUCAUCACAAAAUUGGAUGGCCACGCCAAAGGUGGUGGUGCGCUCAGUGCAGUUGCUGCUACCAACAGUCCGAUCAUCUUCAUUGGUACCGGAGAACAUAUCGACGAUUUGGAAUCGUUUAAAACUAAGCCAUUCGUUAGCAAAUUGCUGGGUAUGGGCGAUAUCGAGGGUUUAAUUGAUAAAGUUAAUGAACUGAAGCUGGAGGAUAACGAGGAACUGAUGGAGAAGAUCAAGCACGGCCAAUUCACGUUACGAGACAUGUACGAACAGUUCCAGAAUAUUAUGAAAAUGGGACCGUUCUCGCAAAUCAUGGGAAUGAUACCUGGAUUUAAUCAAGAUUUCAUGACUAAAGGCAGCGAACAGGAAUCCGUUGCGCGUUUGAAAAGGCUUAUGACCAUAAUGGACAGUAUGUGCGAGAGUGAAUUGGAUAGCAGAGAUGGUGCAAAAUUGUUUUCAAAACAAGCUACCAGAGUUUCUAGGGUGGCUCAAGGAGCUGGUGUCACAGAACGGGAAGUGAAAGAUUUGAUCACCCAAUAUACCAAGUUCGCGGCUGUAGUGAAGAAAAUGGGCGGCAUCAAGGGCUUGUUCAAGAGCGGAGAUAUGGCGAAGAACGUCAACCAAGUACAAAUGGCGAAACUGAACCAGCAGAUGGCGAAGAUGAUGGACCCCAGAAUACUGCAUCAAGUCGGCGGUAUGACCGGCCUUCAAAAUAUGAUGAGGCAGCUGCAGGCUGGUGCCGCCGGAGCAGCUGGCGGUUUAGGUAAUCUGAUGAGCGGUUUCGGAGGAAAAUAAUAUUUUAAAUAAGUAUUUUGUAUAUUUAACUACUUCAUUUUUUGAACCAAUGGUUUUUACUAUACACCAAUAAAUUUGUUUAUUUUUC